ACAAAGCAAAAUUAUUAAAAAGCAACCAGCUUUCUAAAAGUAGGUCGGGUUUUGUAACUAUAUGUUGAGUGGGUCGAAUUUCAUAAUUAAAUUUAAAAGUUCUUUUUUAAAAAAAAAAUUGUCCUAUUAUAAUGUAUAAGAUGAAGCAAACUGAUAUUGUCGAAAACAAUGAAGAAGCACAUUAUAUUUGAAUUUAAGACUCCAAAAAAGAUAUCCUCAUUUUGUGCUAAGCAUGCAAAGGUUUACAAUAUUAUGCAUAAAUAACAGUAGCCUAGUCAUCUGCAAGUUACAUAUAAUGAAAAAUAAACAAUCAUGCUCCCAAAUAGUAAUAACAGGUCCUCUCGUCAGACUUCAAAGACUCUUAAACCACUCACAUUGGUUAAAAACAGUUUCAUCGUUUACAUAACUAGUAUUUUGUAAGGAUAGUCUAAGCUGGAAAGAAACAUAAAAAUAGUAUGUUUUUGUGCCUAUCUGAGUAUAUUGAAGCUAUACUUUGUAAAUAUGAUAAUCUAUCAUGUACAUUUCUCUAAGACCUCAUAGCAUUAUGUGGUAAAACCACGACAAAAAGAAUCAGCGAACACUUGAUGCAUAUCAAUCAUUUAAAAUCAGCUGAGAGAUUUUCAAAUGUGGAUUAAACACUGAUCUCCACCAAUACCCAGAAAAGUAACUGAAAAAUACAAACAAGAUCAUAGGCUAACUUUCAACUAAGUCAUUAUUUCUAGAAAAGCGAUGCAUUUUAUCCCAAGAGAUGCAUAUUAUGCUCACAUAAGAACUACUACACAAAUCUUGAAUUAAGUAGUAAUAACAUUAUAUUGAUCAUCUAAGAAGCACAAACAGUUAAAUGGAGGGUCAACACCCAUACAGAGGUUAUGGCAUAUUGUUGAAUAUUUAAAAGUUUUCAUUUUUCAUGUAGACUACUUAGGAAUAAAUGAAACAAACAAGAUAUUAUUUGCGAGGAGUGUGUUCUAGUCUUCGUGUAUAUGCAUGUGUUUAUGGAUGAAUCCUACUAAUGUUGCUAGAUUUUUUUAUUCAUGGUAUCAUUAGGUGUGUAUGGUACUGUCGUAUCUACAACAUGGAUUGCCCAAUCACAAAUACCUACUUCCUUGUUGCACGCCAUCCUCUUCCUUGUCGAUCCUGGAACGAGAUUUCAAAAGCAUCUAUUAUCAUAAAUAAUAAUUUAUAAUACAUUUUCUGUUCCUAGUGCUUUAGCAAUCAAGCUUUGGCUUCCCUUGGUGAUUCUGUUAUACUAUGAUUUUGGAAAGUUCCAUUCUUAUAUUUAAAUUUCAGGCAGAAUUGCUAAAUCUUCAUUACCAUGCAUAAUUUGUCUGUUAUAAGUUCGACACGUCAAUAUAUGUCUUUUUCUCCAUGGAUGAUAACUACAUUGACAAAAAAGCUCUCGAAAUCAAGUCCUGUCACGUACUGAUGAAAAAGGGAAAAGAUGUCGAGGUGAACUCCUUAACACGAGAUAAAAUAACGCAAAGAAAUGGCUCAAAACCCUAGCACCGUCACUAUCCUUUGAGGAGAGUACAGUCUCCUUAACCAAAAUACAAAGCAUAUUCUAUUAGCAUUUUAGUGCUAGAUUAGACAGGGUAAUUGUAGAAAGCAGAAUUGAUCAAAUUUAUCAUGUUUCCUCCUUUCAAUUAUAUGCCAAAGCUUUUCCGGCAGAUUCUUUCCUUAUUCAUCUAUAACAUCUUUGAGGACUUUUCUUGAAGGUCUGAAACAAAUCGCAAAUGGAGAGACAAGAGAAGGAAAGUAAGGUAUCGCAACAGCAGGCGACAAGCAUUCUUGAUCUGCCUGAAGUGAUUCUCAUGUAUAUAAUGUCACUACUGUGCACAACAUCUGCAGCAAAAUGUGCCUGUGUAUCCAAAAAGUGGCAACAGUUGUGGAGAUCGCUCCCUGACUGGAAAUUAGAUUACAAUUCCUUUCCAAUUGUGGAGAACAAAAAUGAGGCCUUUAUAUCUUUGGUUGACCAAGUUAUAUAUUUUCAUCAAGGGCCUGGCAUAAAGUGUAUGAAGCUCCACUACAAUCAAUAUGAUUCAACAAGCCUUCAUGCAGAAGGGUGGAUCAGACACUUGGUUCAGACCAACAUUGUUAGGCUGGAUUUAGAUAUAUAUGAACAAGUACAACUGCCCUGUUCAUUGUUUACUUGUGGGACACUAGUAGAACUUAGACUCAGCAUUUUUUUCAAGGAACUACCUCUGAAGGGAAACAUGUUCCUUCCUAAUCUAAAAAUAUUAUACCUUGAGCAGAUAAAAUUUUCUUCUCAAAUUCAAUUUGAGAUAUUGAUGAAUGGAUGUCCAGUACUAGAACAUUUACAUAUGAAGGGGUGUCACUUUUUUGGCCAUGAUUUUGAUCAUGUUACCUUUUCACAUCCAAACCUCAAGAGCCUGUACCUUGAACUCUGUGGUGGUUUUGGAAAUUUGACGAUUAACGUGCAGAUGCCGAGCCUUUCAAAAUUCAGAUUCAAAGGAAUAGGAUUCGUUGAUCAAGCAGGAACCCUUGAGCUCCCUUCAAUUAGUACAACAGUAUUGGAUGUUCUAGAUAUUUUAUAUGCAUAUCGACGUAGGAUGUCGGAUGGAGGCACUGCAAAUUAUGGCUCAAACAUGUCCCAGAUUUUGGCAUCAAACAUCCUAUUCAAUUGGCAUUUAUCAUACAUCAGUGAUUUUAUAAGUAAGCUUAUUCCCUUCACCUAUGUGCAGGGUUACUCUAAUGGCAUUUUUGAUGAAGAAAGGGAAAACUAUCCCCAACCUCCCGACAUCCUAUCAGGAGAAAUGGUCCACCGUAAUCUGAGAAUUCUUGAGAUGAAGGGAUGUAAAGGCUAUGGUGAAGAACUGCGGACAAUGAAAUUCUUGUUGCAGACUGCUGUCGCUUUAGAAAAAUUUACAGUUGACAUUUCUAAGGAUGAAGAGUCAUGGACAGUGGACGACAUCCAAGCAUUACCCCAACCUUCUAACAUGGAAAUCAAGAUCAAUAUAUAUUAGUCCCCAAGUAAAGCAUCAAGUAAAGGGAUCUGCUAAACUUUAUAUUUAGACCUUAUUCUAUGGUUUGCUUAUCUUGCUGUAGGUGGUUCUAAAUGUUGAACUUUAGACCUUUAUCUCCAUGGUUUUUAAGUUAUGUUGUUGAUGGUUCUAACCUUAACUUUUGCAUAUGUAACCAUGACUUUAGUCCGUAACGUGGUGAUGUUUAACUGCUACUGCUGGUCUACUUCUGCAACUUCGGAUACUCUCUACAUGUGCAUGUAUGUGAGUGCACGUGUAUGUUUGCAUGUGUAUACAUGUAUGCAUGCACAAUGUUGCUUUUUACAGAAAUUGUGCAAAGCAUGUAAUUUUGGAAAAUAUGAUUUAUUUCUCAACCAUGCAUGCAUGCACAGGAUGAAAAAGAUGUCACUCGGAUCCUAUGAUAUUUAACAGACAACAUACCGAUGUGUCUAUUCAUAAUAAAAAUAUGUAAUAUAACAAUCAUAGAAGCUCUUAGUUAAUUCCUUUAUUGAAUUUAUUAAAGAAUAUUUCACUUUCCUUCAAGCUAUAUAUUUCGACACAUCUCAAUGACCAUGUUUCUCCUCACUUUACGUUCCUUAAUUUGUUUGAUUUAAAAGUGAAACACUAAACCUCAGAUGCAAGAGAAUUACAUAGGAACCGAUUCUAUCAUAUGAUUCAAAAAGGUCUAUACUGCCAACAACCAAAUAUCCUCAAUGAUGUUUCCCUGGACCUCGAAUAACUUUAGAGGAAAUUUUUGGGCAUAAGAGGACAUCAGUUAUGUGUCGCUCACAAAUAAGUCAUCCAAAAUGGAAAGAAGGAAAUGAUUUACUUUCUCAACCACACAUGCACAUAUAGGAUAGAAAAAGACAUUGGCAGGGUCCUAUGAUAUUUAACAGACAGCAUUCCCGUGUCUUAUUCAUAUAACGAAAUAUGUAAUAUAGUAAUCAUAAGGCUCUUAGUUUAACUUUCUAAAAGAAAAUCUCACUCUUCAUCCAGCUCUAUGUUUUGAAGCAUCUUAAUGGCCACGUUUCUCCUCGCUUCAUUUUCCUUAAUUUGUGCUAUUUAAAAGUGAAACACCAAACCCUCAAAUGCAAGAAAAGUUUCUAGAAACAGAUUCUAUCAAACGAUUCAAAAAGGUCUAUACAGACAACAAAGAAAAAAAUCCUUCAUGGUGUUUCCCUGAAUAUUGAAGAAACUUAGAAGAAGAAAAAAUCAAAGAAAGUUACGCGCGAAGAUGUCAUCAGUAAUGUGUCUACUCACAAUUCACAAAUUAAGUCGUCCAUAAGGGAAGGAAGAAAGCAUCUUAUAAUUUCUUACUUACAUAUUACACGACCCUAGUCACAAGAUUUUAGUCAAUAUCACACACAAACCAUUCUUACCGCACACUUAACUGGUACAAUUA